UCCCUGUUUUGUGUCAGUCACUCACAUGUGUUCACGGGUAGUACAGCACACUUGGCCAUAGCUGUUGAACAGAAGAUGUCUAAAGACCAGGCAGAGCUGACCCAGACUCCCCUGCUGAAGAUCUGGGUGCCAUGGAUGAGUAGCUCUCUGAGUCGGAGAAGGGGUUCCUCAGUUCCUCAGUUCACCAAUUCUCCUACUCUCAUCGUGAUGGUGGGGCUACCAGCACGAGGGAAGACCUACAUCUCUAAGAAGCUCACCCGUUACCUCAACUGGAUCGGAGUCCCCACAAAAGUGUUCAACCUGGGUCAGUAUCGCAGGGAGGCAGUUCAGGCCUACAAGACCUUUGAGUUCUUCCUUCCUGAUAAUGAAGAGGCCAUGAAGAUACGCAAAGCCUGUGCCAUUACAGCCCUGAAAGACAUCCACCAUUACUUCACUCAGGAACAGGGGCAAGUGGCGGUGUUUGAUGCCACCAACACCACACGCGAUAGGCGUGCAGACAUCCUGUGCUUUGCUAAGGAGAGUGGCUACAAGGUUUUCUUUGUGGAAUCGAUUUGUGAUGAUCCUGACAUCAUAGAGGCAAAUAUAAUGGAAGUGAAACUCAGCAGUCCAGACUACCAAGACUGUGACAAGGAAGAGGCGCUGGUAGACUUCUUGAAACGCAUUGAAUGCUACAAGAUGUCCUAUGUCCCCUUGGACGAUGAGAUGGACAGGAAUCUGUCCUACAUUAAGAUUUUUAACGUGGGCUUCCGAUACCUGGUGAAUCGUGUGCAGGAUCAUAUCCAAAGCCGCAUCGUCUAUUAUCUAAUGAACAUUCAUGUGACGCCCCGCUCCAUCUAUUUGUGUCGGCAUGGAGAGAGUGAGCUCAACCUUCUGGGACGCAUUGGAGGGGACUCUGGUCUUUCCCCUCGGGGCAACAAGUUUGCCUGCACCCUGGCAGGAUUCAUCCAGAGCCAGUGCAUCCGAAACCUUAAAGUGUGGACAAGCCACAUGAAGAGGACCAUCCAGACCGCUGAAGCACUAGGUGUGGCAUACGAGCAGUGGAAGGCGCUCAACGAGAUUGAUGCAGGGGUGUGCGAGGAGUUGACAUACGAGGAGAUACAGGAACACUACCCAGAGGAGUUUGCACUGAGAGACCAGGACAAGUACCGCUAUCGCUACCCCAAGGGUGAGUCCUAUGAGGACCUUGUGCACCGUCUGGAGCCAGUUAUCAUGGAGCUGGAGAGGCAGGAAAACGUACUGGUGGUGUGUCACCAGGCGGUGAUGCGUUGCCUGCUGGCCUACUUCUUGGACAAGAGUGCAGAGGAGCUCCCUUACCUCAAGUGCCCUCUCCACACGGUGCUUAAACUCACACCUGUGGCAUACGGUUGUAAAGUGGAGUCUGUCUUCUUGAACGUGGAAGCUGUCAACACGCACAGAGACAGGCCUGUGAAUGUGGACGUCUCAAGGGAUCCUCAGGAUGCUCUCCUGACAGUCCCAGAACACAUAUAAAGAGGCAAGAAGAGGACAUUGACAGGCUCUGGAAAAAUCCUACAGCUCUCCUAAGUUUUACAGUAUGUUUUGGUUUAUUGUUUUUAAACUGUAUCAUGGCUGAAACUGCAGUCCAUGCCUAUGCAUAUGUGAAGUGGAGGAGGAACUGUCUUAUGGUGUAUCAUAAUUACUUGUUGGUAGUUGUGUUACGUCCAGAUAUUUUUGAAAGGACUUACAGUUUUAGGAAGAAACCUUAUUUCUCGUGCCACCAUCAGGGCACCGGUGGAAACUUGAUGCAGCCUAAAAGGUUCUACUGCCCUUGUUCCUAAAAUGCCACAGAGGGUAAUUUGGCUCUGCUUAAUGUUAGUAUUUUGUUUACUUAAUGCUUUUGUCAAAAGUGGCUUAAAAUUCUUCCCAUUUGUACAGCAAUAUUUUUACUAGAGCAAGUCAGAUUCAUUGUCACACUCAAGGAUACUACAACAAUGCACUUUAUACGACUUAAACCAGCAACCAUUGGGUAUAAUCCCCACAUC